CCUUGUUCCUCCUGAAUAACCUCCAUCUAACUUACAUCUCACUUUGUUCCUUUCGGAAAGUUUACAUUUAACUAACAAACCUUUUAACAAUUUUACUCCGCGUUCAUAAUUUAUUCCACCAGUAACGUCGAUCUAAAUCGUUGCCAACGGGAUUGUUGAGAAUCCAAGGAUUGCUAUGCGCAAAGUUUCGUUGAAGAUCGAUGAUCAAGGAUGAGAUUUGGCAGUCUGACGAACAGUCGCAUGGUCACCGUCGCAAUGGUCUAUCUCAGCCUCUUCCUGGAUAAUGUCCUGUUGACGGUAGUCGUGCCGAUUAUCCCUGAUUACCUGUGCACGCUCGACGCGAAUACGACCGCGAGCGCCGAGGAGGACGAAAACGGCCGAGUGGGAUUACUGCUGAGCUCAAAGGCUCUGGUCCAAUUAAUUUUGAAUCCCGCCGUGGGCACUCUCACUGGCACACUGGGUUACGCUAGACCUCUGUUCAUGGGAAAUCUCAGCCUCUUGUUGGCUGCUUUGCUGUUCGCCUUCGGACAAACGUACGAGAUACUGUUCUUGGCACGGAGCAUUCAAGGUAUAGCUUCAGCGUGCAUAGCAGUUUCCGGCAUGUCACUAGUCGCCUCUCAGUAUUCCGAGGAGGACGAAAGAUCCAAGAUCAUGGGUUUCGUUCUCGGCAGCAUCGCCCUGGGCGUUCUCCUGGGCUAUCCGAUCGGUUCCGUGCUCUACGAUCUCGAGGGAAAAAUGGCGCCAUUUCUGCUGGUGUCCAGCCUCAUCGUUAUAGUAAUUUGUCUGCAAAUUUUGACAUUAGACGUUCAGACAAACGUCGAGCCAAGCGAGCAGCAAACUACUUGGCUGCAUUUAUUAUCUAAUCCACAUAUCCUCAUUAUCUCCGGUGCAAUUUGGUGCUCGACGUCGCCGAUGGCGAUAUUAGAACCUUGCCUGCCGAUUUGGCUUCGGACUCACAUAAAACCUAAGAAAUGGCAACUGGGCACGGUAUUCAUACCGGACAGCGUGGGCUACUUAAUCGGGACCAACUUCUUCGGUGUGAUAGCGUAUCGUUACGGGCGCAGCAAAGUGGCGAUCCUGGCUAUGUUCGUGGUCGGCGUUAGCGCCAUUCUAAUCCCGUCGGCGGACACAAUGUCGCAGUUGAUAUUCCCGCAUCUGGGAAUGGGUCUGGGCAUCGGCGUCGCGGAUGCAGCUCUGGUGCCGUUGCUGGCCAGCCUGGUGGACCGAAAUGGCAACUACGGACCCGUUUAUUCGAUCCAACAAGUGGCUGUCAGUUUAGCUUACUCCUUAGGACCUAUCAUGAGCGGCGAAAUGGUCAAAGCCAUUGGAUUCCCGUGGGUCAUGCGAGUCGUGGGCAUCGUGAACAUGGCGUACUGUCCGUUGUUGAUAUACCUCUCGUUGGAGCGGAGGAAGCUGUUGGCGAAGAAAGAGGAAAAGAAGGACUACGACACGUUUCAAAAAUCCAUCGCCACCUACGAAAGAUUUCACGACUCCGACGAAGACCUUUGACAGUAAAUAAGACUCGUUUAGCAAUAAUCACAAACGGAAUAUCACGUUAAUUAACCCCGGAGAACUCUGCAAAAUUUCUAUUCCUGUCAGCAUUUCGUUUCUUUCCAUUUCGUGAGAUGCGUCGGUCACUCGCUAUGUUUUUUAUAUUUCCUAAUUAUCAUAAUUUUCGCGAGCCAUUGUCUCCGCUUUGGUGGACAAUCGCUCGACGUCAAGUAUCGUCAAAUCCGCUUUUGGACACCUCGAAAUAGUGUCUAAUAAGAUUGUGUCCCCAAUUAACUGCGCUAUGCAGAACCGGAUCUUCGUCGUAAUUGGUAACCCAAGUGAAUUAUUGGCCGAACAACUUCCCCGAGGCUGUUAUCCGCGGCACGGCGACGUUUCUCGGAUCGGAGAGCAGGAAUUCGCUGAAUUCGCGGGAGACAGGACAAGAAACGCGCGCUUCUGAUAGCGGAAAAUGACGACGAUCGAUCGGCCGGUGUAGCCGAUAGCUCUGAAAGCUUAUUAAUGCAGUCAAUCUACAGCGAAAUUCGUUUACGUUACAUUAACAGUCCCGCCGUCUGCCGCAAGCAUUGACUCAUCAUUAGCUUACGUAGAUCACCGUGCCGUACACAAUGUACUCGAUCAAUCGCGUGUUGCACGAUCGGUUUGCGUGCAAAAUCGAAUCGCAGGUGGAGCUUCAAAAACGCAAAGAGCCGAAAGCAAAUGACGAUCCCUCGAUUGCAAGUGGUGAGAUACGUUUCGUUCGAUUCUGCUCUGGGAAAGAAAAAGGCAGCGACCCAUUUUCGGGCCCACAAUUAGCAAUCGAAUUAUUUGGAUUGUUCCACUUUA